CGUUUGCGGAUUUUCAUAGUUCAGUGCGCUUUCCAGUCGACAACGACAACGCGAACGGACGACGACGACAACGGCGACAGCUGACGACAGCAGCAACAUCAGCCUCACAGGCCUCACAAGCCUCACCAUCGGCAUCAGCAUCAUCAUCAGCAUCGCCCAUCAGCAACAGAGGCAGCGGCUGCGGCAGCGUCUAAAUAUAAUCAUUUUUAUUUGUGAUUUAUUUAAUCAACAUCUCACCCAGAGGCCAACCAGAGAGAUUGGCGACUGCGGGGGCGGUGUGACAAUGAGAUAGAUGGAAAAUAUCAAAGAAAAGAGCGGCAAAUUGCUCUUGAAAGUGAAGGAAAUUGAACAGAAAGUGCAACAAAGUGUUUGCUUAUCGGUUAUCGGUGAUUGAAUCAAUCAGUCUGUUGAUAUUAAAAUGCCAAAAGUGCUGUUAGUGAAUGGUAACUGAUUAGAAAAGUGCGGAAAUCGUGUGUUGAAAAAGGAAAGAGGUUCUUAUCGUGGAUUAGACUUAAAAUACCACAAAGUUGCAGAAGGAAAAACAAGAAACAUCUUCAAACUAAUCAGAUAAAUCGGUAAUCGCUUUAAUUGCUUAUCGGUUUAGGUGUCUUCUUGGUUUAUUCUGCAAGACACGCUUGAUUAUGAAAUAUUUUUAUCAGUGUUCGCUUUAAGUUCUUAUCAGUGGCCGAAACUUCCUUAUAAAUAUAUUAUACACAUACUCAAAAAGCCGAACCGAAUGAAACGUGAAACAAUCAGUGUAAAACAUGCCCCAAAAAUGAUGUUGUAAUCGGCAAUCGCUUAAAUCAACAAUCUUAUACAAAACUGAUGUUGCUGCUGCUAUCGCUUAUCGGUAUUUGGUAUUUGGUGAAAUCAGCCCGGCCACACGUCGUGUUGUUAUUGCUAUCGGCGCAUUCGUUUUGGCCAAACAUUUUAACCACAACAAAUUGUUAUGCGUUAUGUUGAUGUUGAUGUUGUUGCAUUAGCUGGCCAUUAUGCAAUAUGCCGCAGUUUGAUGAAUCUUUUUUGAGCGACUGUGCGCUGGCCGAUCGCUGGCGUUUCUACUCGUACACGGUCAAGCAAUUGCCACCGAAUCUGAGCCCAAGUCCAAAUCAUGGACACCAUCAUCAUCACCACCACCAUCAUCAUCAUCAUCGGUGUCUUUGGAAGACACAGCGGCAAUCGUGGUCGCCGCGCGAUGACAACAACAACAAUAAUGAUAAUCACAGCCCAAGUAGCAACAGCAACACCUGCAACAUCGGCAACAUCAGUACCGGCAACACGUUGCAUAGCAUCAAAUUCCACAGACGUCGCAAAUACAAAAAGCUGGCACGAUUGGCGCUAUCAACGCCAGCGAUUCCACAGCAGAUGGAUUUGGAUGUGGAUGUGGAUAGGGAGUUCGAUAUGGAGAUGGACACACCUGUGCCGCUCAAGAAUGCGGUGUGCCACGGCAGCAUCAGUUCUCCGUCCACGCCUGGCACCUGUUCCAGUGGCAUCGGAGUGGGCGGUGGCGGCUGCAGCAGCAGCAGCAACAACAGCAUCAACAGCGGCGGUUACUCCGCCGCCUGCACCCCGCCACCACCUACGCACCACCAUCACGGGCACCUUCAGCAGCAGCAGCAGCAGCAGGGAACGCCUGGUGGAUCUAGUCGGGUGGGUGGAGCGGUAGUAGGGAGUGGAGUGCCACCGGCACCACCCAGCGCCGGAUCGUCGGGCCACAAGAACAGCCUAAAGGGCACCAAGCUAGCGCGCCGGGCGCGCUCCUUUAAGGACGAUCUCAUCGAGAAGAUCUCCCUGAUGCGAACCACCAACAACACCCUGGGUCGCUCCCACUCGCCGCACAGUCCGCGCACCAAGCACGGCUCGAAGGCUCCGCCCACCACCGAGGAGGUGCAGCGCUCAACCCAGACGCUGGAGACGCACGUCAAGGACAUCUCGAAUGCCCUGAAGCACUUCCGGGAUGUUAUACUCAAGAAGAAGUUGGAGGUUUUGCCGGGCAACGGCACGGUCAUUCUGGAAACCAUAGCCAGCAUGUACUCCGUGAUCCAAACGUACACCCUGAACGAACAUAGUGCCAUCAUGAGCGGCGCCACGCAGCAGGUUUACCAGAGCCUGGGCAAGCUCAUCAAGCUCUGCGACGAGGUGAUGCUCUCCGAGGAGAGCGGCGAGUGCGCCUCCCUGAGCAACGAGAAUGUGCGGGAAGUCAUCGAUCUUCUGGAGGAUGCCGUGCGGAAUCUCGUUACGCUGGCGCAGGGCAAGCUGAAGGAGCAGGAUCAGUGCGCCUUUCGCUACAGCGGAUCUGGCUUGGGCGGCAUCGGAGCUGCGGCCGAGAUCAUGGGCAAGGUCACCGCCUCGCCGGGAGUCAUGAGUCAUGUGCCGGGCACGGGCAUUAUGCGCGUCUCGGUUGCCGACUCGAUUGGCCAGCGCACUUCGUUGCCGGACAUAGCACUCACGCCCAAGGAGCGCGACAUCCUGGAGCAGCACAAUGUGAACCCCAUGCGCGGCUCCCACAGCACCGAGAGCAUCCUGCGCGACACGAGUCCACCGCCAAAGCCACCGCUACCCAAUCGGGCCAGUAAUCCGCCACCUCUACCACCCAAGCGACGCAGCCAGCCGGUUGCACCACCGGGUGUUGGAGGACUGGGCUCCUCCUCGUCGACAUCAACCUCCAAUCAGGCCAGUCCGCUGCCCUACGCCCAGUCGACGAAUAUCAGCAUCAACUCGGACCUGGACUGCAGCUCCAACAUCUCGCUGCUGAACUAUGGCGUGGAUCGCCUAUCAGUGCGGUCACGAUCACCGGAUGAGAAUAGUCAGUGUUCCUUCGACUCGGCGUUGAAUCACUCGCGGGAGGAGGAGGACCACCACCAACAGCAGCAGCAGACGCAGCAGCAGCUAAGGCAGUUUCCAAAGAUACCGGGCAUGAUAGACGAGGACAUGGAGAAGCUGGUCAGCUACAGCGCCGCCAUGGAGGACAAAGUACAGACACCCCAGCCGCUCGGUGGUGGUGCUGGUAUUGGUGGAGGAGUUGCUAGUGCCAAUGCUGGUGCUGGUGGAACUGGAGGAGCAGCCGAAGGCGGAGCUGCUGCAGCGGCUGGUGGCGGGGAGACUAACAGCAAUCGCCACUCUAACGAAUCGGGUUUCGUCUCGAUGCGCGAGUUCCAGAGUGUGCAGUCCUCCACAAAGUCCUCCAGCAGCAACUCGGACAUUGCGAUAUCGACGGCGGUGGGUAGCAGCAUGGAGUACCAGCAGAUUAGCCAGUCGGUGUCGCACAGCCAGCGGCAAAUCUCGUCGAGCAGCAGCAGCUGCACCACCACCAGCUGCACCACCAACAGCAGCAGCAGCACCACAACCACCACCGGCUAUGGCAGCUCCAUUGGCGAACUGGAGCAGCAGCAGCAGACGACGACGAGUGCGGCGCCCGCCCUGCCGCCGAAGAGCGUACAGAGGGGCAGUCUAACCCGCCACGAGUCCACCGGAGCCGGCGAUGAGCUGGACGAGGCGCAGUCCUCCUCCUCCGGCUGGGCCAGCCACCGGAGCAGCCAAUCGGAGAUGCCCGAGAUGCGGCAGCUGUCGCCGCACCAUCAUCACAUCGCCCAUCAGCACGGCUGCAGUGCUCCGCUGCAGCACUGGCCCUCGAAGCACCGCAGCCUGAUCGAGGGCACUGGCAGCUGCGGCGCCUUUGACCAGCGCCACUUGGUGGACCAGGAGCCGCCCCCGCUGCCCAUGAAGAAGAAGCACAGCCAGGCCGAGCGCACAUACCAUCCGCAUUAUCGCAAACCCCUUAGAAAUGUUGGCGACAAGAAAGUUUGCCAAAUUGUUGUACGCAAGAGUCUAACCCAUCUAAAUUAUCGUUCCAACCAACAUCUAGUGUUUCAAAGUGUGGCCUUUUCGGUUCUGGCCUACAUGGAGAUCUGCUCGGCGUCCACGCGAUCCAUUGAGCAGCACCGCCAUACAGUGCAUGCGUACAACAUCAGUCGCAACCUCACGCAGAGCCAGACCAUGAACAUCAUGUCCGUGAGCAAGGAACUGUCGCCGGAGCUGGAGGUACCGCCCGCCCUGCCGCCAAAGAACUACAAGCCGCGCAUGGCGACAAGCAUGGGAUCAUCGCCCUCGCUGCAGCCCAUCAUUGUGACCACGCCGCCGCCGAGUCCAAAGCCGACGCUUGGCGAGAAUGGUUCGACGGGCAGGCCGGACAGUCGGAUGGCCACCGUUUGCGAGGAGCUCCACGAUGGCUUGGCCAGUGAGGAUGCGAUGCCGGAGCUCCGAUCGCCAGUGCUGGACAGCAAUGAGAAUGUUAGCGCCGUCGACGAUGGCCAGACCUUCUACUGUAACUCGCAUCAGCUGCCCGGCGAGGUGGGAGUGGGCGAGGGCGUGGAUAAUGUCGGUCAGCCAAUAAGCACACCCCAAGUGCUCGAGGAGGAGCAAACGGUGGAGCCUCGGCAAGGAGGAGUUGCUGGUGAGGAGGCUGCAAAGCCAGAGAUCGCCGCCGCCGUCCGCGUGGUGGAGGAGGAGGAGGAGGGAGGAGAGGAGAUGCUGAUCAACAUACUGGAGGAGGUCAACAUCACACGGUACCUGAUACUCAAGAAGAGGGAGGAGGACGGGCCCGAGGUGAAGGGCGGCCACAUCGACGCCCUCAUCGUGCACGCCAGCCGUGUCCAGAAGGUCGCCGACAAUGGUAGGCAUUCGCAGCGCAAGCCAAAGCAGCACAUACAUACCAAAUCCCAUUCGCAUGGUCAUUUACCCAACACCUCUGUUGUCUCUGUCCAUUUUCAUUCCGUUCGUGCAGCAUUCUGCGAGGCCUUCAUCACCACCUUCCGCACCUUCAUCCAGCCGAUCGACGUGAUCGAGAAGCUGACCCAUCGCUACACAUACUUCUUCUGUCAAGUGCAGGACAACAAGCAGAAGGCCGCCAAGGAGACCUUUGCGCUGCUGGUCCGAGUCGUCAACGAUCUAACGUCGACGGAUCUUACCAGCCAGCUGCUAAGCCUGCUGGUGGAGUUUGUCUAUCAGUUGGUUUGCUCUGGCCAGCUCUACUUGGCUAAGUUGCUGCGCAACAAGUUCGUGGAGAAGGUGACGCUGUACAAGGAGCCCAAGGUGUACGGCUUUAUUGGGGCGGAGUUGGGCGGAGCCGGUGGUGCCGCCGGAUUGGGGGUGGCCGGUAUUGGUGGGUGCAGUGCAGCCGGCGGAGGAGGCGGAGCAGGCAACCAGCCUAGCCUACUGGACCUCAAGUCGUUGGAGAUCGCCGAACAGAUGACGCUGCUGGAUGCCGAGCUGUUCACGAAGAUCGAGAUACCAGAAGUAUUACUAUUUGCCAAAGAUCAGUGCGAGGAGAAGUCGCCCAACCUCAACAAGUUCACCGAGCACUUCAACAAGAUGUCCUACUGGGCGCGCUCCAAGAUCCUGCGCCUGCAGGAUGCCAAGGAGCGGGAGAAGCAUGUGAACAAGUUCAUCAAGAUCAUGAAGCACCUGCGCAAGAUGAACAACUACAACUCGUAUUUGGCGCUGCUGUCGGCCGUGGAUUCGGGUCCCAUUAGGAGGCUGGAGUGGCAAAAGGGCAUCACCGAGGAGGUGCGAUCCUUCUGCGGCCUCAUCGAUGCCAGCUCCAGUUUUCGGGCCUAUCGCCAGGCCCUGGCCGAAACUAAUCCGCCCUGCAUACCCUAUAUCGGCCUGAUUCUACAGGAUCUUACGUUUGUGCAUGUGGGCAACCAGGACUACCUGUCCAAGGGCGUCAUUAACUUCUCUAAGCGCUGGCAACAGUACAACAUAAUCGACAACAUGAAACGUUUUAAGAAAUGUGCCUAUCCAUUUCGACGCAACGAGCGCAUUAUACGCUUCUUUGAUAACUUCAAGGACUUUAUGGGCGAGGAUGAGAUGUGGGAGAUAUCCGAAAAGAUCAAGCCGCGAGUCCGCCGCCCGGUUAACUAUUAGUCUUCGAGCAGCAACAGCAAAACACCAAUAUUAUAUAUUACAGUAUAUACAGUAUAUAUACAAUAUUAAUUAAACAGUGCAAACGGUUGCCAAGUCUUGGAGAAGCAUCGUCGGGAGCAGCCGAAAACUAUUCUAAUGGGUCUGAGCAAUAAUGUUCGCUAUUCUCUGUCUAUAUAUAUAUAUACAAUUAUACAAGAUAUCUAGCUAUAGUUACCAGCCGAUGCCGGAUCAGAAAUACAUAUAUACUUACAUAAGACAUAGCGAUUCAGAUACGGACACACACGUAGCCGUAGCCGCGUACAAAUAACGAGCCGAUCUGUAGUUUAACUAUUAAGCUCUAUGACGGUCGGGCAAUGGCCCGGCCGCAGCUAAACUCCCCACCAAUAAUCGAGUCCCUAUCUACAGGUCCCAAGAGUUUUCACCGGACUUUUGCCAGCACUAGAACACCAAACUUAAGAACCACCAGAGACAAAACCAAUCAAGAAAUCAGCAACUUUCGCUUUUGUUUUGAGAUCUCUUUUUACACAAGAACACAACGAAUUUUUGGAAACAAGCUACGUGAACGUAGAAGCCAACCGACAAACUAUAUUCGAUUUCGAUGGUAUAUGUAGCGAUAUAUCUCGGACUAUAAAUCGAUGCUAUCCACGAGCAGAACACCAAGCAAAAGCAACCAAGCACAAAGCGCGUUAUAUGCAAUUCUCUCAAAACAACCAAUAUUAAAUACCCCCUGUGUGUUAGAAGUUAUUGAAAAUGAAAAUUAAUCUCGAAACCGAAACCGAAAUCGGAUUUCAGAGUGCAAAAAAACAUCGGUGUCGAUCAAAUCAAUCAAAUAUCAAAUCAAUCAUUUCGCGACUCAAUUAAUCGAAGCAACUUUUAAAGUUACAAAGAAAACAAAAAUUACAAAACCCACGGGAGAUUACCUAAAUUCAAUUUGCUUUUAAAUGUACGACUAACAUAAAAAGAAAAUAUUUAUGGGCAUGUAAUAAUAGUUCUAAAUAAAACUUUUGACUCCUCCUUUCGAUUCUGCAAGGAAUAAAUUUAUUGAUAUUGAUAUUGAGUGUAAAAAUAUUAAUACUAGCGAAGAAUUCUGGAGCAGAGUGAAAACUGAAUAUCGACCUCAGUGGUUUUUACUUAGCAAAACGCUGUCUCGUCUGAAAAUAUUGUCUUCUUAUUUGGAAAUGGGAAAAAGAAAGAAAAGGCUGCUUAUUUGAAGAAUUUAAUUCCCGAUCACCAUAGCCAUUUUACUUUAAAGUGAAUAUUCAUUUGUAUUAAGUGAGUUUCGGUCUUCGUUUUGCUGCCGCUUCCGCUGCCGCUGGCGCAUAAAUUAUGUUUACUAAGCUAACGAACCUAAGGAUAACAAUUUAUUCGUUUUUUUUUCUCCUAUUUUUAAAUUAAAUACCUUGUAUAUGUAGAGAAAAUUUUCAAUUGUAAAUGUAUUUGUAACUAAAUGUUAUGCGUGUAUUCGUAAGAAGAAUGAAAAUAGCUACCACAAUCAAUGUAUUUUUCCUUUAA